ACAUAAAAGAAGGCAGCCAUGUGACUUACAGGAGACAGACGCUCACUUUCUAUCGCCCUUCCUGUAUCGGACCAUUCCACAGUGGGGUGAUUCCCACAUAUCAGCUUCCUUCUUAUCAGGGAGCCCCCAAGAGCGCCGGAGCCUGUUGCCUGGAUACCAGACUCCACCGCUGCAGUGGCGACGCCAGCAUCCCAGCGUCUGCUGCCGCCAGCAGGAAAGCGGCGCUGCUCCGCUCUCCGCUCGCUUGAUUUUCAUCUGAUUCUUUCCCCCCACUCACAUGACAUGGUAUGAAUAAGUAAGGACGCCCCAUGAUAGCGGAGGAUUACCAGUGGGAGGCGGGCCGGGUAAGGAUGGAGAGCAGACUCAGCCGUGGGGAAGGUCUGUCCAUGGCCGUCACUGGCUGGGUGUUAGUGACUGGAGGGAGUGCAAGGUCGCAGUGAGGAGCCAUGCAGAUCCAGUCCUCGGGUCUACAGAUCCAGUCCUCGGGUCUACAGAUCCAGUCCUCGGGUCUACAGAUCCAGUCCUCGGGUCUACAGAUCCAGUCCUCGGGUCUACUUUACAAGCCGUCCACGAGCGUCCACGACCAGAGAUGUGCUCUGGCGUCUAAAAUGGAAAUUCACCGUGAACAGAGCAUCUGCCAGGCCCGGGCCGCAGUCAUGGUGUACGACGACGCCAACAAGAAGUGGGUUCCUGCAGGAGGUUCCACCGGCUUCAGCAGAGUCCACAUCUACCACCACACAGGAAGCAACGCCUUCCGUGUAGUCGGGCGCAAGAUCCAAGAUCAUCAGGUGGUGAUCAACUGUGCCAUUCCCAAAGGACUGAAGUACAACCAGGCCACGCAGACCUUCCACCAAUGGCGGGAUGCCCGGCAGGUUUAUGGGCUGAACUUUGGCAGCAAGGAGGAUGCCAACGUGUUUGCCAGCGCCAUGAUGCACGCCCUGGAGGUGCUCAACUCCCAGGAAACUGGUCCUACAUUGCCGAGGCAGGCCCCCCAUGUUCAGAAUGGUCCCACGGCCGAGGAAAUGGACGUUCAAAAAAGGCAGCAUCAGGAGCUGCACAGGCAGAAGGAGGCGGAGCGAGAGUCGCAGGAGCGAGAACGUCAGGAGCGGGAGCUGCGAGAGCUGCGAGAGCUGCGAGAGCGGGAGGCUCGGGUGGAGACGGAGCGACUGGAGCGCGAGAGGAUGGAGGUGGAGAGGGAGAAGGUGGAGAGGGAGAGGAGGGAGAUGGAGCGAGAGAGGGAGAAGGUGGAGAUGGAGAUGGAGCGAGAGAGGGAGAAGGUGGACAGAGAGAAGCAGGACUGGGAGAGAGGGAGGCGAGUCUCCAAUGCUGCUUUCGAGAGCACCCUGUACAGCCCCACUCCUCAGGAGUACAGCAGAACUUCCUCCACGCCCGCGUCACCAUCCACCCCCACUUACCCGUCUCCCGGUGCACUUUCGGCCUCCUGCGCCACACCGCCCACGCCGCCGCUAAGACACUCGGCCUCCCGAUUUGCCACGUCCCUGGGCUCUGCCUUCCACCCGGUUCUUCCGCACUACGCCACCGUCCCAAGGAGGCAGCAGGCGUUUGCCCCGGCGCCGCCUCCGGCUCCGGCCCCGGCCCCGGUCCCGAGCCCGGCCUGUGCACCGAAGUCGGCAGUGUGCUCGACAUACAACUUCACUCCCUUGCCCCCGUCGCCCCCCAUUAUGAUAAGCAGUCCCCCAGGGAAAGCCCCAGGCCCCAGGUCGCUCGUCCCCAUAGCUGCCCCAUCUCCUCUCACCCAGAAGCCCCCCUCACCGUCUGCCAACGGCCCACCCAUGUUUCCUGCACCGUCCCCGGUCACAAUUCUGCCGCACAGCCACCCGGUCGGCAUAGUCUGCCCCACACCGCCGCCGCCGCCAACUCCGCCACCAUUUACUCCUUCAGUGGCGCCCCAUUCUUUUUUGUGCGUCUCGUCUCCCCCCUCCUCAUCCCAUGCUCCUGGUUUGCCCUCUCCCUCCACAGUCGCUGAGAACCUCUCCCUCCCCGAGGGCCAGGACCCAGAGUCAGACCCGACAGUCCUGGAGACCCACCAACUGCAAGGGGGGUCCUACGAUCAUUCCCAGGACGGUGUACAGACAGCGGGGUCAAGCGCACCUGUCCCGCCCCCAGCCCCGCCCCCGGCCCCGCCCCUUCCGCCCGGGUCCACGGUGCCGGCCGGAGCUGCCACGCCGGCCGUGACUCCCACCACACCCUGCGGACACCCUCCCCCACCACCGCCUCCACCCUUGCCUCCCACGUUGACUCCGGCCGUGACCCCGACUUCAGCACCAGGUCCACCUCUCGGGGCGCCGACCCCUCCGCCGGCGCCUCCCCUUCCCGCCGGUCUCUUUUCCCCGGCGGAGGAACGCCCGCUUUCAGGCCUGGCAGCUGCCCUCGCGGGCGCCAAGCUGCGCAAAGUGCCAAGGAGUGACGAUACAGGGGCCGCUCUGGUAGCAGCCCUGUCAGGAGGUGUGGGGGCCAAAGCAGAAUCCAGGGUAAAUGGUCCACUUCCUGGAGGAGGCGGGCUCAUGGAGGAGAUGAGCGCCCUAUUGGCCAGAAGGAGAAGAAUUGCAGAGAAGGGGUCAUCACCUGAACCUGACCUGAAAUCUGAGGAGGGUGAGACCACCACCACCACCACCACCACCACCACCACCCCCAAAGUGUCAGCAUGCAGCACACCAGACAUGCCCAGGAAGCUCUGGGAGAGAAGUAACAGCACUAUGAACGGUAGCAAGUCUCCAGUUAUUGGGAGACCUAAGUCCAGUCCCACACCUGCACCUCUAAGUGCCAACGGGGUACCAACAGAAAGUGUGGACUACGACCGAUUGAAACAGGACAUUCUGGACGAGAUGAGGAAGGAGUUGUCCAAACUAAAAGCAGAACUCAUCGAUGCCAUCAGGGAGGAGCUGGGCCGGUCCAGUACAGCAUAGAUAGAAGACCUCCUCCACACCCAACAAGACGUCAGUCUGGGACGCGACACGGUGAUGACAAUGAAGACAAAAAACCAGGUGGAGCACCUCCAGGUGUUGGUCUAAGUCUGGUACAUGUGACUCCUCCUCCUCCUCCUCCUGUCGAGGACUCUGCGGUGUGAAAGAAAACGUGCAUGUCUUUUUUUUUUUAAUGCAAAAGAACAAUCCCUAUCUUGUUGUCCCGACAAAAGCCAGGACCUCUCGGAAGACACUGUCCACAUCGUUGCUGGAUUUUUCUACCGGAUGGCGUUUUAAUGAAGGUGUGAGAGUGCGGUCACGUGACGGAGGAACGCGGGAUGGAAAGGAACGCGGGAUGGAAAGGAACGCGGGAUGGAAAGGAACGCGGGAUGGAAAGGAACGCGGGAUGGAAAGGAACGCGGGAUGGAAAGUGUGAAAGAGCGCCACUCGUCUUCCUCAAAAGCUCCUGGAACUGAAGUGUGUAGAGAAGGAAGAUGGACGACCACCUCCAGUAGCUCCAUGAUCAUCUCACUCAUUUGUCUUUGCCAGCCAUGGUAGCUCAAAAAGUGCGAUUUAUUUUCUAUUUCUGCGACGUGGGCGUGGUCAAUGACACCCCCCCCCCCGCCCCCCCAGCGAGGGUCGCACAAGAUCCGCCACCACACGUUUAAUUACGAGCAAUAAGUGUAGCCAAGCCCACACCUUUCUCUACGACCCUUCUGACAGGAAGUGACUGUGCACGAUGAUGUCACCGCCUCGAGAGAAGAAAAAAAAAAGCGUGUCUUUCGCUCACUUUCCCCUCAACAUCAUGCGUGUCUUUAUCUCUGUAGUGUGUCGGCCUCCUGGAACUACUUUGUGAGCGUCUCCGUGUGCCAUUCACGACCGUGCUUGUUUUUCUUUCUGCUUUUUUUGCCUUAUAAACAAAUAAAAGUUUAAUUUUUUCCCCUCUA